GACGUCACGGAGGGAGCAGGCAGGAGCCAGGAGCCGCUCGGGGAAGAGUUCGGGACCUGUCGUAUUUUUCUCCCACGCAAAAGAAGAAAAAUUAAUUUAUCCGUUCCUGUUCACGAUGUCGGGGCUUGACAGCAACCCGUUCGCUGACCCGGUGGACGUGAACCCCUUCCAGGAUGCCUCAGUCACACAAGCUAUCGGCGGGGUCCAUGAAACCACCGGAGAGUAUAACCCGUUCACCGCAAAUGAAAUGGGAAAGUUCACUGGGACAACCAUCCCAGUCUCUAAAGCCUCCUCAUCACAACCUGCUGUACUUCCGACUUCUGUGGAGCAAAGUCCACAAGCUACGGCAGCAGCUGCUCAGGCUAAUCUGGUCAGGCAGCAGGAGGAGCUGGAGAGGAAAGCCGCAGAGCUGGAGCGAAAGGAGCAGGAGCUGCAGAACAGGAGCAGCAGAGUCUCCAACCCAGGAGCUAAAGAAAACAACUGGCCGCCUCUUCCAAGGUUCUUUCCCAUAAAGCCGUGCUUCUAUCAGAACUUUGAGGAGGAUAUCCCAGAAGACUACCGCAGAAUAUGCAAGAGAAUGUACUACCUCUGGAUGUUCCAUAGCGCCACCCUGUUCCUCAACAUCCUGGCUUGCCUGGCUUACUUCACCGCUGACGCUGCUAAAGGUGUGGACUUCGGUCUGUCCAUCCUGUGGUUCAUCCUCUUCACCCCUGUGUCUUUUGUCUGCUGGUACAGGCCGGUUUACAAAGCCUUCAGGUCUGACAGCUCCUUCAGCUUCUUUUUCUUCUUUUUUGUUUUCUUCUUCCAAGUGGCAGUGUACAUUAUCCAAUCAGUGGGCAUUCCCUCAUGGGGAAACAGUGGAUGGAUCUCAUCAAUUAGCAUGAUUCGUACGAACUUGGCAGUUGCCGUGGUUAUGAUGGUAGUGGCUGGUUUUUUCACCGUCAACGCUGUGUUGGGUGUCAUCCUGCUGAAAAUGGUCCACUCCAAGUACAGAAAUUCAGGUGCCAGCUUCUCCAAGGCUCAGCAGGAGUUUUCCCAGGGAGUCCUGACCAACCGCACCUUCCAGAGCGCCGCCGCUAGUGCUGCCACCUCUGCUGCCACUUCUGCUGCCCAGGGGGCCUUCAGCAAUAACCAAGGGAAUUAAACUGCUCCAGAAAAUUACCUGGAGGACUCAGGCUAGUAUUUUCUAACCAGCAAGCCGUGACUACAUGUAAACAGUACGAUUAGUUGUACGGAACAGACUUUGAUCAUUUUACAGAAAUUUGCCAAAAGAACAAUCAGAAACUCACAAAAUGGCAUUAUGACGUGUAUAAAUUCUGCAUCUCAAACACAGCUAAAACAAGAAUGUUGACGCAAGCAUGCCUUGAACAUGGCCUGGUAGUUUUGACAUUUGAGACUGCCUUUUAUCAGUGUGCAAUAUGUUGGAAUGUGCAGCCAUCUGAAGCUGGUUUAAAACAAAUUAGCCAAACCAAAACGAGGCCUUAAGAACAAACCUGAUAUUAGUGUAUGAUUAUUAAUGAGUUGAACUUCACCAUAUAGCAUCCAGAGCCUAUCCACCUUAUUCCUAGCCCCCAUUAGGCUUUGCGUGAUUUAUGAGCGCGACUUCCGGCGCAAACCGGAACCACCAUUUGUUUACAUGAUAGCAACUCGUUAACCGGCGUUCGUCAGAGCUUUUAGGCUAUAAAAUAUAUGGGAACAUCAACCAUCACAGCUUAAAUGUGGCAAUAUUGUUUUACCGCUACCUACAGCUAUUGCGGGGAGGGAUGGCGACUUGAAGAAAAGGCCGCAAAUAACCCACACUAGCAUAUUUAGCUACUUCACUGACUCGGUUGCUUCGGAGAUGCUGGUUUUCUUCCAUUGGCUUUUUGUACACACAAUGAAAUGAGCACACAUAGAGCAUUUUGGGUUCUCUCUUCAAGUUUAGAAUUUUUAGCCAAAUUCUUUUUGUUUGCUUAUCUGUCGGUAGGUGAUGACAACUACCGCUUAUCACAGAAACUCUGCCUUUUUGUUUCGGGAGCGCGUUCAAAACACAUUCGCUGCUGCAGCCACAAACUAAAUGUGGUCUGAUAAUUAGAGUACAGCCACGAACAGCACAACAGUUACCUGAGUUCUACAAGAGCAUCUUAAGACACUUUCCAGUGGCAAGCUGCUCUGUAUAACAGGUUAAUGUGUGGUUUGGUUCGGUUCUAGUCCAGUAGGGGAAGAUUAUCCCCUACUGGGCAGCAGUAGCUGCGGUCACUUCUCCGCUGAUUUACAGCGUCACUCAGCAACGGAGAACCUCGAGGUUCUGGUUCUGAUGGACUAAAUAAACCCAGAUAUUUUAUUUUAUCUUACAGAAAUUUAUUGCUGGCCCAAACAUAAUGAUAAAACACACUUGAUGCAGCCACUUCAUGAACUUUAUUAUAUUUUAAAUUUAAAUGAAAAAUAAAAUGCACAUCACACCAAGCUAAUAUUAUGUAGUUCU